AAAACUUCCACCAGCCUAUUCACUUCUGAUGGUGAGAAAGAAAACAAAGAAGACGAAGAAAGGCACUGAGAAGAAGAGGACAAGCUGGUUGCUAAUUUAAACAACGCAACUCGUGUAUUGUGAUUAAAGUCGGCGUUCCUGUCAGAAAAACAUUAUAUGCGGCUAAAGAAGAGGAAGAGCAUCACAAGCCUUUCCUGACACAAGCCAGCUCUUUGCUGACAGCAUGGAGAAGCAGUUGCAUUUGAACCUGCUAGCAUCCAGACCCCCUAUGGCAGGUGGUUUUCAGUCCGGGUCCAAGAUGAAAAUGGGACCUGGACGAAAGAGAGAUUUCACCCCCUUGAUCUGGAGUCAGUACUUUGAAACCAUAGAAGAUGUUGAAGUGGAGAAUGAAAACGGCAAAGAUAUUUUCAGACUUUACUGCAGCGGCUCCAGCGGUCCUGUGCUGCUGCUGCUCCACGGAGGCGGCCACUCCGCGCUGUCCUGGGCCGUGUUUACCGCCGUCAUAUGCAGCAGGAUCAACUGCAGGGUGGUGGCCAUGGACCUUCGAGCUCAUGGAGACACUAAAGUAAAAAAUCCAGAGGAUCUCUCUGCAGACACCAUGGCAAAGGAUAUUGGUAAAGUAGUGGAGGCGCUGUAUGGAGAGAGCCCCCCUCCGAUCAUGAUGAUCGGACACAGUAUGGGCGGAGCCAUCGCCGUUCACACAGCCAGCGCCAACCUCGUCCCAUCGCUGCUGGGUCUCUGCGUCAUCGACGUCGUAGAAGGUACAGCAAUGGACGCUCUCAACAGUAUGCAGAAUUUCCUCAGAAGUCGACCAAAGACAUUUAAGUCUCUGGAGAACGCCAUAGAGUGGAGCGUGAAGAGCGGUCAGAUUAGAAACAUCGAAUCUGCUCGAGUUUCCAUGGGAGGCCAAGUGAAAAAAUGUGAGGAGUCUGCGAGCAAUCCAAGUGUUUCUAAUAGCAUCGGCGAGGGCAUCAUAGAGGAAGAGGAGGAGGAAGAAGGAGCAGAAGAAUCGAACAAAAAACGAAUGAAGGAGGACGACCAAGAGGUUCAGUCUCUCUUGGUGAUUUUUCUGUUUUAUGCAACCAUUGUUUUGUUAAAAAUAACAAUAAUGUCUCCCCUCCAGGUUAAGAAGGAAAGCUUCUACACCUGGCGGGUGGAGCUGUCAAAGACGGAAAAAUAUUGGGAUGGUUGGUUCAGAGGUCUGUCGGCCCUUUUUCUCAACUGUUCUGUGCCAAAACUGCUGCUUCUCGCAGGAGUGGACCGGCUUGACAAAGAUCUCACUAUUGGACAGAUGCAAGGGAAGUUUCAGAUGCAGGUCCUCCCUCAGUGUGGCCAUGCUGUUCAUGAGGACGUGCCUGAGAAAGUAGCAGAUGCUCUAGCAACAUUUAUGGUCCGACACAAAUUCACUGAGUUUAAAGAAGGAUUUCUGUGCUAACUUUCCUGUCCUGAUUAAGCCAGCAGGCGGAGAAGAAAUGUUUCAAGAUUCAUUGCAGUCUUUGUGGAACUUGAAAGCUAUUUAAGAAGAAUAUUACAUUAUUAUUAUUAUUAUUGUUGUUGUUGUUUUGCUGCUUUUGUUCUGUAGAUAUUUUUGCCUUUCAGCUUUGCCUUGUUUUCUUUUAAACACUAUUUGAUUAUUUUUCUUUGUACUCCCAUUUUUUUUUAUUCUCUGAAAUGUAAAGCUCUUGUUUUAGUGUUUUUAUUUUGAGUGAUUGCAUCAUUAAUUCACUGUUAAUGUUUGUCUCCAAAGUGUUAGUUUGAACUCUGAUGGCAAUGAUCAAAAAUGGACGCAAUAAAAAUAUGUUCAACACUU